ACUUCUAGGUUUGAGUUUCCCGGACCUGACGUCAUCGUGUACGUUCAUUGGCUGAAUUUACAGAGCCGAACUGUUCCCCGGACAACGAGACCCCAAACAACCGGCCGCAGUAACCGGACGACUACCGAAGUUAACUAAGGAAAAUGAACUAAUAAAGAAGGCGGUUUAUCAAAAAUAAAUCCCACAAAAGUCAGCCUGAGUUUUAAACAAAUCAAAUUGAAGGUGGGAGACUACAAAAACAACUACAAACAUGAGUGGCAGCUGGAUGUACAACCAGCAGCAGAGGCUAGCGUCUCAGCGCCAGGCUCAGGAGCAGCACAGACAGGAGGAGGUCCGGCGCGUGGACAGAGAGAAGCAGCUGGAGGCCAAUAUGAAGGUCGAGGAGAGCUUCGAGAAGAAGAGGUUCCUGAGACAGGUGCAGCAGGAGCUGAGUGAGAGGCAGAUAGAGAGCGCCCUGCAGAAGGCAGAGGAGGAGAAAAUUAAAAGGGAAAGGCAACAGGAACAAGAGGAGAGGAUGGCUAAAGAGCUGGCCCGCAUCAACUAUGAGAAACAAAGAGAAGAGAAAAUGAGGCAGUGUAUUAAAGAGAACAGCUUGGAGCUUCGAGAUCUGGAAUCCAAACUGAGGUCGGCCUAUUUGAACAAGGAAAGAGCUGCACAAAUUGCAGAGCAUGAAGCCAUGAGGUUUGAGACCUUGCGUGAAGAAUCAGACUUCGCUCGUAAGAUGAAGAGUGAACAAGAGCAAGCAGCCAUUGAGCAGCAGAAGCUGGAGGUGAAGCGCCAUGAAGAGCUGGUACAGUAUCAAAAAGAGCUGGAAGAGCAGCUCAUGGAGAGGGAGCGCAAGAGACAGGAAGCAUACGAAGAGUUUCUCAAAGAGAAACUCAUGGUGGACGAGAUCGUCAGAAAAAUCUAUGAGGAGGAUCAGAUGCAGAGACAGCUGAAACUGGAGAAGCUCAGAGCCACUCAGCAGCACAUUGAGGAGUUCAAACGGCAGCAGGCUGAAUGGAGGCGGAUGGAGCAGGAAAGGAUGGAGGCUGAGAACAGACGCAUCAUGGAGUUUGUGAAGCAACAGCAGCACAUGGAGGAGAGCAAAAUGUCUAGGAUCAAAGAGAGAGAUGAAGCCAAGGAACAUUUACAUAAAAUGCUGUGUGAGAAGAUCGAAAAGGAGCGGCAGCAGCGUGAGGAGAUGGAGCAAAUCCGUGAGGAGCUGUACUUUGAGAAACAGGAGGCGGCCAACAGGAAGAAAGACAUUGAAGAGAUGGAGACUAAAAUCAGACAAAGGCUGAUUAUGCAGCAGACAUGCCAGGAGCAACUGGCUUUCAAAGAGAUGCGAAGGCAAGCAGAGAAAGACGAAGAGGAGGCCUAUAGGAAAAUAAUGAUGGCCAAGUUUGCAGAGGAUGAUCGCAUCGAGCAGAUGAACGCCCAUAAACGCCGCAUGAAGCAACUUGAACACAAGCGUGCAGUGGAGAAGCUGAUAGAGGACAAGAGACGGCAGCAUGAGGCUGAACUGGAGCUGGAGGCUAAAGAAAGGGAGAUGGAGCAGGAGAAGGAAGCCCGUCGUAGAAAGAUCAUAGAAGAAGAGAGGCAGAAACUUUUAAAACAUCACGCAACGAAACUCCUGGGAUACUUUCCAAAGGGCUUGCUCCGUGAAGAUGACCUGGAACACUUUGAUGAAGAUUUCAGGAAAAAUUUCAGAAUACGUCCGGCUGACAACCUGUCAGACGAUGGCUUGGAUGGAGAUUUUUAAACUUUUGUGAUCUGCCUCUAGAAGGCAGUUUAAGGUCAUAAUGAGUCUGCUGUUCAGUGAACACAACCAUUAAACGUACUAUAUUCAUUCAAAUCUGUUAUAAAGCCCCUUUUAUGAAUUUUUUCAUCUUUAAAAGACGACAGCAAGAUUUGUAAGAUGUAAUCAAAUAGUGUGAGACCCCAAACAGAGGUUCUUUACUCUAUAAGGCUUACAACUAUCUGUAAAAAGUAGCAAUGUACAUUUUUGUGUUCAACAGAAAAAGGCAUCUGUUUUCAUGACUUCCCCCAGUCCAGAGCUUUCAUGAACUCUUCUUCGGUGAAAGACAGCAACUUGGCAGCUUCAAAGUGCUUACCUUUUGUCUUUUGAGGAUGUCGAUCAGCUUGAGUUGUUUCUUGAAGCCCACAAUGAGUUCAGCUUUCUGCUUCUUAAGCAUUCUGUUUUCAGCUAGUAUGUUUUCCUUACUCUGAUGCUCCUCGCUUAUCUUGUCUUUAUUCAUCUGUUCCUUCUUGUUAAGUUGUGUCUUCAACCUCUCCACCUCCUCCAGAGCUCUGUUCAAGCGAAUCUCCACGGUGCUGUGGACAGCUGCUGCUUGUUUCUGGGAUCUGUUCAGGUUUUCAAUCUCCUACACACAGCACAACCAGGAACUGAAGACUGUCACAUUUUUUGGCCGAUUCCUCGGCUAAAGCUUUGUGCUUGUCCAUCUGGGUUUGCUGGAUGCUGAUGGUCUUCUGCAGUUUGGCUCGAUCCUCCUCCAGCUCCUUAAUUUUUGCAUUGAGCUUUGUGUUCUCGUCAUCCCUCUUAUAGUAUUCACAUGACAGCUGGUCCAGUUCUUCUUGCAUAAUUCGAAGUUUUGCUUUGAGAACUCGAAUCUGAGCGUCCAAAACAGCUGAACCUGUACAGUCUUCCACAUUAGGAACAUCAUCCACAACACUCUCAUGGGUCUCUGCCUCCAUCUUCUCCUCCACGCUCUGAAUCGUGGCUGCCAAAAAACCACAAGCUGCAUCCUCUACAUCCUCAGAACCAUCUACAUGGGAGUCCUUAGAAGUUCCUGCUUUACGGGGAAGCUUUUUUCCGUGUUUUCCAAUUAAUGAGCUUCGUCCAGUUGAUGGGACUUUUUUUUUUGUCACUGCCUUCACACCAAGAUCCUGCACAGCCUGCGGUCGAGACUUUGUUACCCUGAAGCCAGAGUUGUUAUCAUCUUCAAGAUCUGAGAACAAGAUCUUGGAUAAGGGCUCUGCCAAGACUUCACUCUGUUCUCUCAUAAGUUGCUCUGCUUGUCUUACUAAAUCUGCUGUUUUGGCCUCCAGCUCUGCAUUUAACAGCUUGUAAUGCUCUUCUUUUGCAAAAAUGUCACUCGUAAUUUUCUUUGUUAGACCUGAGGCAGAUUUAGCCUGUGGUCUGAAUUCAACCCUCUUGGAGCUCUCAGCUUUACUGGUAGAGGAAGGCAGAGCUCACCGGAGGGACAGGCUAGUUGUUUUCCAACUGUCAGCGUUACUGUUUACACUGGCUUUUAUUUAUAUCCAUGCAAAACACCGGGGCUGACGGCGGCUCGGACUUCAGCUGCACCACCUCUUAAGCGGCCGAUUGUCGGGGACUUGAGGCGAGCGAUGUCGAAGGAGGACCGGGUGGCAACAACAACAACAACAGGGCGCGCUGCUGUCCCGUUAGCAACGCGACGUCCCGCGGUUCAUGUCGUCUAGCCCCGGCGGACGACUACACCCCUCCGCGCCCCCCCCUCCCCUCCCUGUGUAGUCCAGUCCGGUCCCGUUCCGAAGCCCUCUAAUGGCCGAGGAGGAGCCCCAGCAGCCGGACCGCCUGCCCGGCCUGCUCCCCGGGCUGCAGGGGGCUGAGGCCAGCGCUCUGCAGCUUCGGAUCAAGAACUCCAUCUGCAAAUCUGUUCAGUCCAAAGUGGAAAACAUUCUGCAGGAUGUUGAGAAAUUCUCAGACAUCGAAAAACUCUACCUCUACCUCAAGUUGCCUUCUGGUCCCUGCAGCAGCGCUGACAAAAGUGACCAGAGUGCCCUGUCUUCGAGCCGCACACAGCAGAUGCAUGCGUUCAACUGGAUCCGCGAUCAUUUGGAAGAAUACCCCGAGACCUCUCUUCCCAAACAGGAGGUCUAUGAUGAGUACAAGAGCUUCUGUGACAACCUCAACUACCACCCCCUGAGCGCGGCAGACUUCGGAAAGAUGAUGAAAAACGUUUUCCCGAACAUGAAGGCGCGCCGACUUGGCAUGAGGGGAAAAUCCAAGUAUUGCUAUAGUGGUCUAAGGAAGAGGCACUACGUUCACAUGCCGUCUUUACCCGCCCUGGAUCUCCAUAAAACAUCAGAUGGACACCAGGGGGACGUGCUGGAGUCACCGGGCCAGCUCAGCGGCAUCAAGGAGGAGGUGCGGUUCGCCGCCUGUGAUCUUGUGUGCGAAUGGGCCCAGAAGGUGCUGAAACGUCAGUUCGAUGCCGUGGAAGAUCUGGCUCGCUUUCUGAUCGACAGUCACAACAUCAGCAACAAAUCUUUGGCAGCGCUCACCAUUAUGACCGGCACAUCAACAGAAGUCAAACCUGCGCAGAGCGCCUCAGCCUUCGCCCCCACAGUCGAGGCUCACCCCUUUCAGCCUCACAUGGCGAUGCUGACUUCACCCUCUGUCGAUGCAAAGCAGCAGCUGCAGAGGAAAAUCCAGAGGAAGCAACAGGAGCAAAAGCUGCACUCGCCUUCCCCUGGAGAUGGACAAGCUAAGAGGGAAGACUCUGGUAGUCCCGCCCCUCCGUCUCCACAGCAAGCCAUAGGCAUUGUGGUGGCUGCCGUCCCAAGCCCCGUCACGGUACAGAGAAGCCGGCAGCUGAUGUCUCCAAGUCCAGUGGGAACGGUGGAGAGCAAAGUGCUGCCCAUCAACUUCCAAAUGGUCCCCCAGUCAGGUUACUCGUUGAAACCCAGCUCCAAACCUGCCCAAAGUAUGUUAGCCAGCUCAGUGGCUAAGCAGCGCUACGCUCAAAUCCUGCCCAAACCUUCGGCCACCACCGCCAUCAGUCUGCGCUCGCCCUCCACCAUGCUCAUCGCCAACAGCCCCAUCAAGACUGUGAUGACCACGUGCCACGUCAGCCCGGUCAGUUUGGUGAAGAUGGCCGCCAUAUCACUGGCACCUAACGGCAGUGAGACCGUCACGUCCCUCACGGACGCCACGCCGCGGCCUGCAUCUACCGGUGUCGGUUCUGCUGCAGACAUCGGAUCCAGUCAAAGCAUGAGGAGUGCUUCAGCGGUCCCCAUUCUGGCCCCGGUGGCAAGGUCAGAGCAGACCCCUAACGCUCAGAGCAUGGAUGUUGAAAUGGAAGUUGAAGCUAUACAUAAGAACCGCCAAAUGCAAAGUCCCCGCUGUCAGCUUUUGUCCCAGGUAGCGGUGGCAAAUAGAGCUGAUGGGGCGGUACAGAGGGCUGCCAGCGUGCCCAUACCACAGUCCAAAUACUUCCUGGCUCUGGAGGAAACAGCCAGCAAUAAAUGUAGCCAAAAGUCUUCCUCAGACCCUAAUUCUGUGGUUGAGAGCAGCAAUAAUUCAUGCACUUUGCUCUCAAAUGCCUCCUCUCAGAAUACCAGUGCUGCUGCCUCCCAGAACACCAGCAGAUUAGCUUCGUUUGGAGACAGCAGCCAAACGAAGGUAGGCUUCUUGUCAUCAAAGAGUCUCAGGAAACGAUCAGGCCUCAGCCCAGACCUCUCCCCAGUGAAAAGACUUUUCAUGUCUCAGCAGCCAGCAGAGGGUGCUGUGGGUCUUGGCUAUUUUGGCAAUAUGCCCAGGCCAAGUGCUCCCACUAGACCUGAGAGCGCACCAGCCACUAGAGAGGUCGAGAAGAAAAUGAGCUCUUUCCUGCCCACUCAAGUCCAUAUAGAAGACACUUCCUUUCUCAGAAACAGUGGUUUUGACGAACCUUACAACUCAAUGCAAAGGAAAAGCGCUUGUUCUCUUAUGGAAACUGGCACCUCGAUGAGUGAUUCAGUUUUACAGGAUCAGCAUGGGCAGCCAGUGCAUUACCCAGGUUUUCUGAAACAUAAGGGUGUGAGUUCCAACUCUAACGCCACAGGGAGUGUGGAAGGAGCUCAGCAUCAGACAUACGCUCAGCCCAGUUCUGCUACUGACCCCUUACAGUUUCUACAUCAAGCAUCGUCCGGUCAGCUCCCGGUGCAGGAGCAUAUGGACUACUUCUCCUUCGAUGAUGACGUAACUCAGGACAGCAUUGUUGAAGAGCUGGUGCAGAUGGAGGAGCAGAUGAAACUAAAACACCUGCAGGAGCUUGGCAAAUGUGGCCCCCUGCAAAGCCAACAGGCUGUGCUCCCAGGCAUGGCGGCAUCCACCAGUCAGGCCAUGACUGCUUUCUAUCAUGCUGCCAACAACGGCAGUAACCCUGUCCAAACAUCCACGCCCACCUCAGAGAUGAUGGGAGGAGCCCAGAGCCUGACUGGAGAAAGCCCCCGCUCCCACAUUGCCUCCACAACCCCAGUGGACAGCGCUUUGGGGAGCAGCCGCCACACCCCGGUUGGGACGCCACAUUCCAACUGCAGCAGCACCGUCCCCCCCAGCCCAGUGGAGUGCAGGAACCCCUUCGCGUUCACGCCCAUCAACUCCAGCAUCCCCGGUUUCCACGACAGCAGCCCCGUCUCCAGCAGUCCAGUCAAGCCCAUGCAGAGGCCGAUGGCCACCCACCCGGACAAGGCGAGGCUGGAGUGGAUGAGCAACAGCUACAACAGCGGCGCGGGGAGCGCCAACAAGUCCACGGCUGGAAUGGGAAUCCUCCCCGGCUAUCAGGGCCUGAUAGACGACCAUUUCCAAAAGCCUCACGCCUUCGCCAUUCCUCACACACGGCACCUGGAUGGCCACUUCGGCCGCCUGACUCCCAUCUCGCCCGUGCAGCAGCAGGUGACCAGCGCUGUAAAUGUCGCCCGGCAGGAGGGUUUCGCCGUGCCCGCUCCCCUGGACAAUAAAGCCAACGGCGCGUCGGCGGCUUUUCGAUGCCGCAGCGUGAGCCCCGCGGUGCACCAGAGGAAUCUGACCGGAAACAUAGCCCAUCCCAUCGUCCCCCGCUCCGUGGUGUCCCCCUUCAACUCCCCCGUCACCCCCGAGGUGCUGAACAUCUUUGCCAACAGCAAGACAGGACUCGGGGCCAGCAGCAUGGCCCAGAGGAGCCGCUCCGUGCCGCUCAACAUCAUGAUGCAAACCGAGGUCCCGCCCCCGCCGGGCCAACAAUGCACCAGCAAAAACAUCACCAACGUCCUCCUGAGCAAGCUGGACGCCGACCACAAUGACACGCUGAGGGGUUUGGGGAUAAAUAAUUUACCCUCUACCUACACAGCCCGGAUGAACCUCACCCAGAUCCUGGAGUCCAACGGCAGCCUCCCCUGCGCUGACAGCCACCUCGGCCCCAUGUCGUCCGACCCCACCAGCAAUUCUCAGAGGCCAAACUACCUCAUAGGGAACGCCAUUAAAGAACAAAUGAUUUUCUCGGGAGGCACCAACCAGGUUCAAGCAGCCCCUGGAAAGCGGCAUCAGCAGCCGUACCAGUCUGUGAUGUUAGCCCUGAGCUCCCAGCAGCAGCAGCGGCAGCAGCAAGAGGAGCUGCAGCAGCAGCUGGAUUUCAGCAGCGCGCAGCACCUCCUGACGGACAGCACCCAGCUCAUGGAACAGGAGUCCGAGCUGAGCACGGGCGGGACAGAUUUCCCCUGUGAAAUCCGAAUGACGCCGGAGCUGUCCAGUAGCAUCAACGACCUUAACGCACUGGACACAAAUCUGUUGUUUGACCCCAACCAGCAGCACGGCCAAUAUCAAAACGCCACUCCAGAGGAGCUGGUGAGUGAUCAGCUGUUUCAGCAAAUGACCAACGACACGCCACAUUCAGGUGGGCUCGACUGGUUAGAGAGUAAGGAUCAUCCAGCUGUUGGGCUAAUGGGCUGAGAACACUGCUUUUUUUUUUCAUGUUGAACAUGCAAAUCUGUGGUUUUGCUGUUGGUUUUUUUUUUCUUUUUUUUUCAGGCAUUU